AUGUGGUGUUGCCAAGAGUUAUCUGCCAUCACCUCUCAGCCAAUCACAUACCCCCUGCCUCUACUAGAAACCUCAUCAGCUGCUAGAGGCGAGGAUCUCAAAGUCACGGUUGAAAUCAACAACCGCUCAAGUCGUUCGGUGAAGCCCAAAUUCGUACUGUACGAGAAGAGGAGCUUCUUCGCCCAGGGUCGCAGGAGACUUCACACCACUGAGAUCCUUAAGGAGAAGGGUGAGGCCCUCGAAUCCUCCAACAAGGAGACUGUGACCAAGGUGAUCACCAUCCCCAGGGAACUGCCUCCCUCCAUCAUGAACUGCUCCAUCAUUAAGCUGGAGUACAGGCUGAAGGUCUACCUCGAUCAAAAUCCCUGUUGUCAUCCUGCCCUCCUCCAAGGCUCUUGGUGUGAAACAACCACCUCCUUCUGCUGGCUUUGGAUUUGA